AUGGCUACCACAAACGCAGUCCGUCGAUCCAUGCAUAAGCAGCAGCAACAGGAGACAAAUGAUGCUCCAGUGGAAACCCUUCCGGUUCCCACAAUUCUCGACCCAACCACCACCGUUACCUCUGCCCCUACCGUUGUUGGAGCCAAUCACAUCUCCCGGUUCCAUCACCCCGCCAAACGAAAAGUCUCCCCGUCUAUUGGUGUCAAGAGCAAUCCCGCCGACUGCCCCACAAAUGUUAUUGUAGCCACGGCGACUACAGACAAUCCCUUUGUCAAUGUGGCGCGUAAAAUUAAUGUUCUUCAAAGACAAAGCACGGUGGAGGAAAAGAGAACUGGUGGCAGUAGUAGUGGCAGUACAAAAAUUGCUCAAGAACGCCCUGGCCGGAUGUCUCUACGUCCCUCCCUCAUGCUCAACGCCCUGCGCGGUGUUCAGCGGAGCACCGACGAGACCGCUGUAAGCGGCACUGGUGGUGCUGGCGGAAGUGGAAGUGCAAUUCUUCCUAAUGGGAUUAUCAAAUCCCUAACAUUUGAUGCCUCCGCUGCGCCCUCCGAUAACCCUACCCGUCGGCUCACACGUUUCUCCACUCUCCUUCGCGCCCCCUCUGAAAUUGUUUCCGAUCCCGAUCCCGAGGCUACUUCCAAUCCAGCUGCUAUGGAAGCUUCCAACGAUUGCUCCACAGACCAUAAAGCCCUCCUCAUGGAGGUGCUUUGCUACUGCUGUUGCUGCUGUAAUGAUGGUGUCGGUGGUCGAAUUUGUGGAAGAGGUGGAAACGGGCGGUCCGAGAGUAAUUGCGCUGCAGGCGGACAUCGAGGCCGAGUGCAUCGAGAUGGUGGCAGUGCAGGCGGAGGUGGCUCAGACCGACGCGGGGACUAUGCAAACCUCAUUGAAAAUCACAGACUGGCCCGAUUGGUCACCUUGUUGGCAGUGCUGGCAAUUCUAGGCCUUGUGCUCACGUACAUCAUAAAGUCGAUAGUGGAACAGCAGCAGCAGCAGCAGCAAAACCAGGCGACAACUCCAACUCCACAGUUAUUUGCCCACAGUUCGGGUCAAUGA